AUGCCUAUCGUUCGCAUUAAAUACUUCCCAGAGGAAGCUACAUCCGUUGAUGUUCGCCGGUUCUUCAAGAAGAUCGAAAUUCCUGAUGGAGGAGUCCACAUCAUAGGCGGUCCGAAAGGACUUGUCUAUGUAAAUCUCCACAAUGAUGAAGAUAUGCAGCUCGCCUUGGAAAAAGACGGAAAAAAGCUCUCCCCUGAAGAAGGCGAGCAUAUGUACAAGGUGAAAGUUACAGAGAGCAGCGAAGAGGAGAUGAAAAAAGUCAUCGCUGAAAUCACGGCCGGGCUGGAUCCCGAAAAAGCGCCACGCGAAAUCACACCACCGCCAGAAAAUGAUCUUUUCGUUCGUUUAUUCGACUUGCCAGACGGUGCUACGGCCGAUGAGAUUGUUCCAUUUUUCAAGGGAAUAAAGAUUGCUCAGUUCAAGAGAACAGAAUGUGGAAGCUUUCUGGUCAAGUUUAACUCCCCUGGUGACAAGGAUCGCGCUUUGUCUUUUGAUCAGAAGCUUUUUGGAACCAAAUUUGUCAAAGUGAACCAUUUGGACUGUGAAAUCUGGGAGAAGCUCGAUGGAGACGUUAUAAAGCCUAUUUACCAAUCCGAAAACAACAAGAGCUCAGACGAAGAGACGCAAGAAAUUGGCAAGGUCGCAUGCGUUUCUGAUAUUGAAUCGAGCUGCGUGAAGAUUUCCGGUCUCGCACCAGACGUCACAAGAGAUGAUCUGGUCUCUGGACCUUUGAAAAACUGUUUGAUAGCAAAAUACGGCUUGUAUAUCGAAACCCACGGCAAGAGGCUAUGCUCGGGUGACUGCUACAUUGAGUUUGUUGAUCAGCAAACGCGUGACCGGGCGAUCCUCCACACUCAGAAUGCCCAACUGAACGGCUCUAUAAUCUCCUCCGAAGCAAUUACAGCCGAAGAUAUGAAAAAACAAGUCCAGAAUCAUCGAAAACAACUGAAAACUAACGAGUACAAUCGACGAAAAGCGAUUAAAGAAAGACGAAAGAAAGAAGACAUAGAAUUGGCGAAGCGUGAGGAAAGGCUAAAAGAACAGGAAGAAGAGUGCAAACGAGUACGACAAGCGUUGAUCAAGGAAAUGCAACUGACAAAAGAUCCGAAAAGAAGAAGUAUGAUUAAAGCUUCGUUGGAUAGGCUCCGCGAGGCUCCAGAGCUGGAAAAUGAAGAGAACCUACCACCUCCUCAAGAAGGGUUCAAGCAGGGCACGAAGAUCAAUCUUAAUUUGGCGCAAGAGCCUGAACAAGAGUCUGUUUUACAACGACUCCAACGAGAAAAGACUCAAAAAGAAAAAAUGGCGCUGCAGGAAGAGCUGGAAAAGAAAAAUGAAGAGGUCAAAACUGCCAAAAACACGAUGAAUAUGAUGCUUAUGUCGAACAUGGCGACAUGCAUGAUGUUGCAGAAUCAGAAAAGUGCGCAGCCUACUUCGCAACCGACUUCAAAACCAAGUCAAGCAUCUCAACCGCAACUGCAAAAACCCGUUCAAAUGCAACGACAACCGAAUGAUCCAAACGACCAAGACUUCCAGCCCGCUCAAACUACACCUACACAAGGCCCUCCACCCGCGAAAGCACCAAGAGUACAAAGCGUUACUUCUGCCACUGGUCCCCAUCCUUCUUACAAACCAUACACGCCAAAACCAGUUCAAAAGCUCGGACCGAAAGCGCCUGUACCUUCGAAGCCGCAACUAGCAACGCCAAACCAAAAUAGUCCGUAUAAUCCGUUCAAUAAUGGCCCUGCUGAUAGCUUUACAAGCAUAGAAAUCGAUUUGACUGGGCCUGAUAUUGAGGAAACCUCUCCUAUCGUAUACCAUUCUGCUCCGAAACUCACAAACUCACGUCAAAAUGCGUCUGCUCCUAAACCUAAGGCUUUAUGGGCUGCUCCACCUGCGCCAGGUUGGGACAAUGCUGCUCCUCAGGCCCGAAACUCGGCUCAACAUUCUCAAGAGCACCUUGUUGGCGGGAAUAGCGGCGCUGUAUCGGAAAACACGGCUGAUCCGUUCACACAAGACGACAUAAUGAACUACGAUCUUCCAACAAGUUUUGGAGGUGCUCAAGCUGGACAGGAAGAAGCCGCUGAAGAAGAAAAUGAAAUGGCGGGUUUCGAUCUUCCUAUGAGCUUUGGAAGCACUUCUAAGGCUUUCAACAAUCCAGACGAAGAGGAUGAAGAGAUGAUUACAUAUGAUCGUGGGUAUGGAGGCAAUAACAGAGGCGGAUACAACAACCGCGGCGGUUUCAACAACAGAGGCGGUCGUGGUGGCCGAGGAGGGUUCAACAAUCGAGGUGGUGGAAAUCGCGGACGAGGUGGUUAUUCUGACCGCGGUGGACGAGGCGGAGGCCGUGGUGGCAAUCGUGGUGGCAAUCGCGGUGGCAACCGUGGCGGAAGAGGUGGCUACUCUGAUCGUGGUGGACGAGGGGGGUACUCUGACCGCGGAGGACGUGGAGGAUCGUCAAAUAGAGGUGGCUACAACAACCAUUCCGGUUAUCAGUCCAACAACCACGCUCCAGUCAAUAGCAACAAGGGCGGUUACAAUAGUCACGGCGGCUACCAAUCCCACAGCAAUGAUAAUGAUGGGGGCUACAAUAGCCAUGCUGGAUAUCAGUCAAACAACAACGAUGCUGGCUAUGCAGGACAGUCGACCGUCACAUAUGGCGGGGGCACUGGAAAGUACUCUGGUUAUUCUGACCAGCAAAAUGGGUAUGACAACAACGAUGGAUACUCAAAUCAGCAGAAUGAGUAUAACAACAACGAAGGAUACUCGAAUGAGCAGUCAUACGGUCAGAGAAGUCGAGGUGGUGGCAAGUCUUGGACUCCAAUGGCAAACAAUGUGAUUCAACCAUUCACCGGCGGAAACUACUUAUGA